CAUUUUGUCAGCCCCGAAAGUUUUCUGUUAUUUUAUUACAUAUACAAAAUAUAUCACGAUGGCUGAUGGUUGCGUUGAUACAGGAAUGAUUACUCAUAUUUAUUUGGAAAAUUUCGUAACUUACAGCAAAGUUUCUGUAAAGCCUGGCAGAUACUUGAACGUUAUUAUCGGACCAAAUGGCACUGGUAAAUCAACAAUUGUUUGUGCUAUUGUACUUGGAUUGGGAGGUAAACCUAGCACCAUUGGCCGUGCAACUCAGAUCGGGCAUUAUGUGAAAUAUGGAUGCCAGGAAGCGACAAUUGAAAUUCAUCUGAAAAACAAAAAGCAGAAUGAUAACAUUAUUCGUAGAGUAUUUAAUAAGCAAGGGAAAUCUUCAUGGUUCCUCAAUAAAAAACCUUCGAAUAUAAAGGAAAUACAAGAGUUAACGACAAGUUUGGAUAUCCAGGUGGAUAAUCUCUGUCAAUUCCUACCGCAAGACAAAGUACAAGACUUUUCAAAAAUGAAUCCUCAGGAAUUAUUGGAAAACACAGAAAGAUCGGUUGGGGAUCCUGUGAUUUUGGAACACCAUAAAAGGUUGAUACAGUCCAGAGUGGAUCACAAAGAGCUUGAAAAACAUAUUGAAGUAAAGAAGAAAGCGUUGGAAACGCAAACUCAAGUAUACGAAAGUUUGAAGGAAACUGUUGACAGUAUAAAAGAGAAAAAAUUAAUAAAGAAAAAGAUUACCGCUUUGAAGCAAAAGAAAGCAUGGAUAUUGUAUGAGCAGAAACGAAAAGAACUACUUAAGUUGAAAAAGAAAAAAGUGGCUGCUACGUCUGAACUGAAACGUAUGGAAGAGGAAAUAAAACCUUUUGAAGACGUAAUAGAGAAAUUAAAAUCGAAAGUUGAACUACUUAAAAGCUCUGUUUCGAAUCAUAAUAAUAAACUGAAGACCGAAACUGCAAAACUGGCGAACAUGAUAAACGAUAUUGCUGACUGUGACAGCGCUAUAAUAGAUCGGGAAAACGUGUGCAAGAAAAGAAUUCAAAUGGAAGAAACUCGGGAUCGGGACAUUAAAGUUGCGGAACAGUCAAAAAGCAAGCUUGAUAACGAUUUAUUGCUGAUGUUAGAAGAAACUGGAUCUGAGGAAAGUUUGGCAGCGAAGCAACAAGAGAUAUUAUCCAAGAUCGAGGAUAAGAAUGGUACUAUUACGAUGCUAACAAAAAAAAUGACGAUGUUAAAACGACAAGAACAACGAACGGAUUUUGAAAUCGAAGCACAACAAUCGGAGCAACAACGUCUUAGCGUCGAAGCGAAACGACUUAAAUUGUUGAGGGAGAAAAGUAGCGACACAUACAGGGCGGUACAUUGGCUGAGAGAGAACCGUGACAAGUUUUGUAGUACGAUUCACGAGCCGAUAUUGCUUAACUUGAACGUAAAGGACGCCAAGUACGCAAAAUAUUUGGAGAACGUACUUCCGUACCGUGAUUUAAUAGCAUUCGUUUGUGAAGACAAACGAGAUAUGAACAACUUAUUGAACUAUUUAAGAACUGGACAGAACUUACAAGUGAACGUUGUAUAUUCUGACCCCACGAAACACGUUUCCACAGAGCCGAAUAUUCCGCUGCGGCACAUCGUGCAAUUCGGUUUUACUCAUUACUUGGUAUCUUUGAUAGAAGCACCGAGCACUAUUUUGAAAUAUUUAGUCAACAUGUAUAAUUUGUCUAACAUACCCAUCGGAACGGCACAAGUUGACGAUAAUACCGAGAAUAUACCUACCAGUUUACAUCUUUAUUUCAGUCAGAGCAACGUGUAUUCCGUAAAGACAUCGAAAUAUACAGGAGUAAGAUCUGUCACGAUGCAGCCAAUAUCGACUACGGGAAUGUUAUCUGCUGUGUUAGACAGAUCGAAACUGUUACAUAUCGAAGAAAGUUUGAGGUCAUUGCGAGAGACGAAGGCCAAUGUACUGAAUGAGAUCCAAAAGAUCAACGAAGAAAUGCGUGAGCAUAACAACGAAUUGGACAAGUACAAGACUGAAAAAAAUGAACAUCAGCAAGAUCUUCAGCAGAUACAGGUCCUAAAAUCUAGGAUAUCUGUAAUGAAGAAAAAGAUUGCCGAUUUACAAAACGCGAGAACGAGCAUCGAGAAAAUACAGGAAUCUUCGAGGGAGGACAUAAAGUUGAUUCUGGAGAAAGAAUUCAAGAUUUAUAAAGAGUAUAAUGCCGUAUUGAAACAAUGUUUCAAAUAUACGACGACCAGUGAACAGGCGGAAUUAACGAUAAACAUGCAUAAACGAUUGUUGAGGGUGAAAGGUAACGAGUUGCAAGAUAUGAGAGGAAAACUUAAAGAGGCGGAAGAUUAUGUCAGGCGACUUAGUCAGGAGGCGCAACCGAUGAAGAGCGAGGCAGAAAGGCUUUAUAAAGAUGCAUUGGAAACUACUCAUAAUAUCACUCCUUCCGAUAAAGCAUUCGAACAGAUAAAUAAAAUAUUUACUAAAUUACCACCGACCAUCGAAGAGAUUAAUAAGGAGUUGAAUAUUGCGCAAGCAAAAGUAUUUUGUUUGGGAAACAGCGGAGAUGGUGAAAAUAUAUUACAACAAUACGAAGAAGUCGAAGAAAAUAUAGGUCAUUUGAAGGAUUUCAUUCAAAGAAAAACGAAUGAGUAUGCAACGUUGACGCAAGAUAUUAAAAGUUUGCAGGAGCAAUGGUUGACAGCGUUAUCGGCAAUAGUUGAGAAAAUUAAUUCAAAUUUCGGCAUGUAUUUCUCGGCAAUGGGCUGCGCCGGUGAAGUUACGUUGGCCGUACCGGAGAACAACGUGGAUUUCGAGCGAUACGGGCUCAAAAUAAUGGUGAAAUUCCGAGAUACUGAUAAGCUGCAGGAAUUGACGAGGCACCAUCAAAGUGGCGGAGAAAGAGCAGUGACCACUGCCAUUUACAUGAUAUCGCUACAAGAAUUGUCGAGAGUACCUUUUCGAUGCGUCGAUGAAAUUAAUCAAGGCAUGGAUGCGACAAAUGAAAGAAGAGUGUUCAAUCUACUCGUGAAAAUGACUGGUAGACCCAAUAGUCCUCAGUAUUUUUUACUUACGCCGAAGUUAUUACCCAAUUUGGAAUAUGCGGAGACAGUUACGGUGCAUUGUGUAUACAACGGACCAUUCAUGAUUGCGCAUGAAGCGUUUGAUACAGAACAGUAUUGUAGACGUCUUAUCAAGGAGAAAGAGAAGGAAAUUUAAGAUAAAUUUCUAAAGUAUUCUAUUAUGAGAAGCACGAUGUGAUGACUGAUGGUAUUAAAGUGAUGUUACUAGGUGUAUAAUAUAUAAUAUAUAGUUAAUAAGUUGUUCACAAACAAAAGUUUUUUCUAUUUUAUUACUGUGAAACACAUAGAGUACGUCAAAUAUUUCUAAUAUUUAAAAUAUAAAGAGUUUCAUGUAAAAAUCAAAAUAUAUAUUUUUGUCAGCA